UCCCUUACCUUUUUUUAACAUUGUUUAGUUUUUGAAAAUUGUUCCAGGGUUUGGUGAAAUUUCUUUCUGAUAUCUGCAAGCCACAAUAGCAGUGAAAGUUGAAGGAAGAUUUAAAAAUUUUCUCACUCUAUGCUCAAAUGUGAGGAGAUUUUGGAUAAAUCUCUUUGAUGUCUACAACUCAUAACAGGGAGUGAAAGUUGAAAAAGAUUUGGAAAUUUUCUCUCUCUAUGAGCAAGUGUUAGAAGAUCUCAUAUCUUUUUUAAGACAUUUAUGUGGGUUUUAGACAUCUUUGGAUCAAUUUUGGUUGGUUGGAGAAUAUUUUGUGAAGGUAAAAAUCCAUGGGCCCGUGUUUGAGAAGGUUACAGUGUUCAAGAUGACCUCUAUAGACAUUGUGGACUUAUCUAGCGAUGAUGAAUGUGUAGAGCCGCAUUUGAAAUCUGUUAAGUCUGAGCCUGUUGUUGUUGGGAAUAUAAUACAACGAGAAGAAAGUAAGUUUCAACAGAAGCUCCAGUCGGAAACACAAUUUAAAAGGCAAGAAUCCGAAGAAAAUAGAAGCUCAAAUGUUUUGAGUACUGGCCAAAGUUGCUCUAGUAUACUGGAUCAAGGGCAGUCUCCGGUAGAUGAUUCGAGUCUUUCUUCCACAUCACCUACAUGUCCUGCACCGCUUUGUCGGCAGUUCUGGAAAGCUGGGAACUACAAUGAUGGGCUUGGUUCUAAAGUCUCACUUCAAAAUGGAAAAAACUAUCUACUUGUUCACCCAAUGUUCCUUCAUUCAAAUGCAACUUCACAUAAGUGGGCCUUUGGCGCUGUAGCAGAACUGCUUGACAAUGCAGUUGAUGAGAUCCGAAAUGGGGCCACUUUUGUCGUUGUAGACAAAACCACAAAUCCAAGGGAUGGAAGUCCAGCAUUGUUAAUUCAAGAUGAUGGCGGUGGAAUGGAUCCUGAAGCAAUGAGGCAGUGCAUGAGUUUUGGGUUCUCGGAUAAGAAAUCUAAAUCAGCCAUUGGACAAUAUGGAAAUGGUUUCAAGACUAGUACAAUGAGACUUGGUGCAGAUGUUAUUGUCUUCAGCUGCCACACGAGUAACAGGAUAUUGACACAAAGCAUCGGUCUCCUCUCUUAUACAUUUUUGACACGAACAGGCCAUGACAGAAUAGUAGUGCCCAUGGUGGACUACAAGUUUAAUACAUCAACUGGCACUCUGGAAAUACUACGUGCUAAAGAGCAUUUUUUGUCUAAUCUUUCCAUUCUAUUGCAGUGGUCUCCAUUUUCAACAGAAUCAGAGCUUUUGAAGCAAUUUGAUGACAUUGGGACUCAUGGCACCAAGGUUAUUAUCUACAAUUUGUGGUUCAAUGCUGAUGGGGAUGUGGAACUUGACUUUGAAUCAGAUCCUCAGGAUAUUCGUAUUAGUGGGGAGUCCAAAAGAAUUGAGACAUUACGUGCUUGGAAGACAACAAAUGAGCAGCACAUUGCUAAUCAAUUCCAUUAUUCUCUCCGUGUAUACUUGUCCAUCUUGUACUUGCGAGUACCUCAAACAUUCAACAUAAUAUUGCGUGGACGAGUUGUUGAGCAUCAUAAUAUUGCUGAUGAUCUCAAAUUUCCAGAAUUCAUUUUGUACAGACCUCAAUAUGGUGGAUGUGUUGAGGGUCAAGUUAUAACCACAAUUGGAUUCCUUAAAGAAGCUCCACAGGUCAGCUUUCACGGUUUCAACGUCUACCAUAAGAACCGUCUAAUACUGCCGUUUUGGCAGGUUGUGAGUUAUUCUGACAGUCGGGGCCGAGGUGUUGUUGGUGUUCUACAAGCUGAGUUCAUUGAGCCAACUCACAACAAACAAGAUUUUGAGAGAACUUCACUUUUCCAGAAGCUUGAAUCUCGGUUGAAGGAAAUGACUUUGGAGUACUGGGAUUAUCAUUGUGGACUCAUUGGAUAUCAGGUCAAAAAAAAGCUCCGUGCACCAGAGUUGCUGCAGAUUUCAUCUCAUAGUAUGCCACCCAGCAGCAAACAAGAAUUUAUUACAUCUAAUAAACUUUCCCCCGCUAUUGGUAGUGCAAAAGCCGGACUUGUAAUUGCAGAACAAUUCAUUCCCAAGUCUCAAUUCAGAUCUAAGCAAGGAGUAUUAGAGAAGAGAAAGGAACACGUUGAUUUAAUAGAAGUAGAAAAGGCCAAAAGGAGGGCAGUGGAAGUGGGCAAUGUAACUGAUGCUGGGUACAAUGAGGAGAUACAGCCACUAGUUACUGCUGGGAACCAACCAAAAGAUCAGGAGGCUGUCAACUUGUUGCAAGAAAACAAGAAGCUCCGAGCAAAAUGUUUGGAGUAUGAGAAGAGGGAAGAAGAACUUAAGUUCAAGGUGACACAGCUCAAAAUUGCAAUAGAGGAGGUUUGUCGGGAAUACAAUCGGAUGUUGGGCGAAUUAGAAUCAUUGGAGACAAUCAAGGAGGAAACCAAAGUAUAAAUGUAGUUUUUUUUUUUUUUUUUUCAAUUAUUUCAUAUGUACAAGUCUUGUGCUAUAGCUCAGUUUAGCCAACAACCGGUUGGGGUGAGAAUGAUGGGAUCGUUGCAAGUGAAAGCCUGGGUACCAGGGCUUUUUCUUCUUCCCCCGAAGUUUUGUUGUUUUUCUCUUCAGCCCUCCUUUUUCUCCAAGUGCUGUAAAUAUAAAGUGAAGAUAAGGUUAUAUUUCUUUAGCCCUCCUUUGAAGGAGUUGCAAAUUUUUCA